UGGAGAUGGAACAUUCGUGUGUACGGUGUGGUUAAAUUCGCAGCUCAGCUGUCCGUGAUUGGUAGUUAUCGAGGUAGAGUUAAAAUUUUUUUUUGUUAUGGUUAACUAGAGCCGGCGUUUGUGAUUUUCCCGGAUCGUACAGCAGGUUGCUCUAACCGCCGGUAUAUGGGUUAUCGUAGAUCGAUUUAGUCGACGGUAGUGUACGGUUUAUGGUUCGGUGAUUUUCGCGAGAAGCUCUUGCCAAAUGUGGAAUUAUUACAUGAGUAAGCCAGAAGCAGAUAUUCCUAUACUAUUCUACCGCGUGUGAUAUAAUAGUUGACCUUAAGGUUCAACUGAGCAAGGAAUUUGUGCGAGCACACAUUUGGGCUUACUGCAACUUAAGUUGCUCAUGGGUAGUCAACAAUAAAGUCAUUGAGCCCCGUGAAGUGUUUGGGAUUUAAUUGUGCAGGUUACUGCUCUACAACAGCUUGGGGUAGCCAAAAGAUAAGCUGAGCCGGAUGACGGCAAGUUACCGGGUGAAGAGGAAAAAUCGAAAGGUGCUGGCUUAGACGAAGAAGACCAGAUCCCAAAACCAGUUCUGCUGAGCACGAGUUUGCAGAAAACCCCAAAAGAAAUCUCCAAAUAUUUUUGAAGAUCUGGCAAGUGUAGUGAGUCAGCUUGAAGAUUGGUGGAUUUCUUAGAAAGGCUAUUAUCGAUCAAAGAGUCUCCAAUAACCCUUGGCAACUAAUUUCUCCUAAGCAGCUAACCGACAACACCAGAGAAACUACAAACCCAGUCAUUCUGGCGCGCUUCUGACAAACGAACGACGGAGCAUGGAGGCUGAUAAGAAAUCGUCCACCCUUCCCCUUCAUCCGGCCCAGAACACCAACUUCGCGUCGUACAUCGUGUUUGCCUGGGUGCUACCAAUUUUCUACAAGGGUUCCAAGAAGGAGUUGGGCCCCGAAGACCUUUAUCAGCCGUUGAAGGAUCAUAAAUCUAGCAGUUUGGGGAACAAGCUGUGUCAGGCUUGGGAGGAUGAGAUUAGUACUAAGCGCGCCAAGGGCAAAGAACCCAGUCUUUUUAGGGCCGGGACUCGGGUUUUCGGAUGGAACAUUGCACUUCUGGGGCUGAUUCUGCUGGUGCUGGAGCUGGCGUUUAAAGUUACUCAACCGAUCUUUCUGGGAGCUUUGGUGCGUUUCUAUUCCGAGAAAAAUGGAAAUAUAAACGAUGCCUAUCUGUACGCGGCGGCUGUUGUCAUGUGUAGUGCUAUCAGCGUGCUGUUUAUGCACUCGUACAUGUUGUCUCAGUUGCAUCUGGGAAUGAAACUACGAGUUGCGGCUUGCAGUUUGGUUUACCGGAAAUCGUUACGGCUCAGUAAAACCGCCCUCGGGGACACUACUGCUGGACAAGUGGUGAAUCUCCUUUCGAACGACGUCGGCCGUUUAGAUUUGGCGGUUCUGUUUCUACAUUACAUGUGGAUCGGACCGCUAGAGACAAUCGUCGUAACCUAUCUGAUGUACCGGGAAAUUGGAAUCUCAGCCGUAUUCGGGGUGAUAUUUUUGCUUCUUUUCAUCCCGCUUCAGGCCUAUUUGGGCAAGAAAACUUCCGUCCUUCGAUUGAAAACUGCACUGAGGACCGACGAACGAGUGCGGUUGAUGAACGAGAUCAUUCAGGGCAUCCAGGUGAUCAAGAUGUACACCUGGGAGAAACCAUUUGCUAAGCUGGUAGCGCUGUCGAGAAAGAAGGAAAUCAAAAUAAUCCGGUACGUAUCGUACAUCCGCGGUACCCUGCUAUCGUUCAUCAUGUUCACGACCCGGGUUUCGAUCUUCAUCAGUCUGGUGGCUUACGCCCUGCUAGGAAAUUACGUGACCGCCGAGAAGGCUUUCACCAUUACCGCGUACUAUAACAUCCUACGGGCAACGAUGACCAUUUUCUUCCCACAGGGCAUUGCCCAGUUUGCCGAAGCGUUGGUAUCGAUUGGACGUAUUCAGAAGUUUUUGCUGUAUGAAGAGGUGGAAUCGAUGCUGGGAGUGAGUAUGUCCGAUCCGGAGAAGGAGGAAGGUAGUUAUUUGGAUAGCAGUUUGGGGGAGCUGGACAACGGGGAUAUGAAGAAAGAUAAGCUGGAGGAUAAGAUGAAGCAUUCGGAGUCGGAUGGAUUGAAAGAACGAGAUAGCACAGGGAUGCAACUCUCGGAGGCUGGAGUGAUUGUGGAUUCGGCGACGGCGAGGUGGGACUCAAAGUCAACUGAGUAUACCCUGGAGGGAGUUAAUUUACACGUGCAACCCGGAACACUGGUAGCAGUUAUCGGACCAGUUGGCUCGGGAAAAUCGAGUCUAAUUCAUGCGAUUUUGAAUGAGCUGCCGCUGGAAGGCGGCACUAUCAAGGUGAAUGGACAAAUAUCGUACGCCUCCCAGGAGCCGUGGCUAUUUUCGGGAACCGUUAGGCAAAAUAUAUUGUUCGGAUUGCCAAUGGAGAAAGAGCGUUAUAAACGUGUUGUCAAGACGUGCGCCCUGGAACGAGAUUUCCAACUAUUCGCCAAUGGCGAUAAGACGAUUGUCGGUGAAAGAGGUGUUUCCUUAUCGGGUGGACAGAAAGCGAGAAUCAGUUUGGCGCGCGCAGUUUAUCGAAGGGCUUCUGUUUAUUUAUUGGACGAUCCACUUAGCGCGGUAGAUUCACACGUUGGAAGACACCUGUUUGAUUACUGUAUGAAAGAUUUCCUCAAAGGAAAUAUCGUUAUCUUGGUAACGCAUCAGUUGCAGUACCUGCAGAACGCGGAUCAAAUUGUCAUUCUGAAACAUGGAAAAGUGGAAGCCGUCGGAACGUACGAUAACCUUCGUGAGACAGGUUUGGAUUUUGCGCAACUUCUGGCUGCCCCGAGUGAUGAUAACAGUACGGACACGGAAACCUUCAAACGAAGCAACAGCUACAAACGACACAACAGCGUUUCGAGUGAAGACUCCAGCACAACUCAAACAGAACAGGAAGCUCCCGAACCGCAAAUGGUUCAGGAGAAACGCAAAGAAGGUUCGAUCGGAUUCGAUGUGUACCGAUCGUAUAUCAAAGCCAGUGGCGGAUACCUGGUAAUGUUCCUAUUAUUUGUGGCAUUUGUCCUAUCGCAACUUUUGGCCUCGGGCGGUGACUAUUUCUUAACUUACUGGGUGAACAAGGAAGAAUCGCGCAUCGUGACGGAGUCCAUGAAUGACACCGAAGAUGCUAACGCCACUGAACCAACGCUACUAGAUGUUGCCGUCAACUCAACCGGGAAUGUUUUUAAAGACGCAUUCAAUACCUUGCUGAGACAGUUUGUCGAUGCGAAUGAUGAGACUCGACUCAUUGAUAUCUACAUUUUCACCGGUAUCACUGUGGCAACGAUUAUCAUAACCCUCAGCAGAAGUAUGUUCUUCUUCCAGGUGGCCAUGCGAGCCUCCCGAAAGUUGCACGACGCCAUGUUCGACGGUGUCACCCGAGCCACAAUGUACUUCUUCAACACCAACCCAUCGGGUCGUAUUCUAAACCGUUUCUCCAAGGAUAUGGGCCAGAUCGACGAGUAUCUGCCAGGGGUGACGGUGGAUGUGAUACAAAUCUUCCUAUCCCUUCUGGGUAUUGUGGUCGUGGUGGCCAUCGUUAACCCGUACAAUUUGAUUCCCACAGUGCUGAUUGGAGUGGUGUUUUACUUUAUGCGCGAAUACUAUCUGCUGUCGUCGAGGAACAUCAAACGAGUGGAGGCUACCACUCGGUCUCCAAUCUACUCGCAUCUAUCGGCCUCGCUGCAGGGUCUCUCGACGAUUCGCGCCUUCGGUGCUGACAAGGUACUGAUACGGGAGUUCGAUGGCCACCAGGAUUUGCACAGUUCGGCCUUCUACCUCUUCAUAUCCACAUCCCGUGCCUUCGGUUUCUAUCUGGAUGUAUUCUGUGUGGUCUACAUCGCGGUGGUAACGUUAACCUUCUUCAUCAAUGGCGAUAGCGGUGGCAACGUUGGUCUGGCCAUCACUCAAGCUCUCGGUAUGACCGGAAUGGUCCAAUGGGGUAUGCGGCAAUCUGCUGAAUUGGAAAAUACAAUGACCUCCGUUGAACGAGUUGUGGAGUACGAUACAGUUGAUCCUGAGCCAGCGCUAGAAGCUGAAGGUGACAAGAAACCUCCUCAAACUUGGCCCCAGGAUGGUCGAGUGCAGUUCGAGAAGCUGUCACUGCGGUACGAUCCCGAUCCCAAUACGGACAGAGUACUUAAGGAGCUAGAGUUUGACAUCAGUCCCUGCGAAAAGGUUGGAAUUGUUGGCCGAACAGGAGCUGGCAAAUCAUCGCUGAUCAACGCUCUGUUCCGGUUAUCCUACAACGAGGGUUCGAUAGUGAUAGACUCCCGGGACAUCCACGCUAUGGGCCUGCACGAUUUGCGCGCCAAGCUAUCGAUCAUCCCCCAGGAGCCGGUUCUGUUCUCGGGUACGCUGCGCUACAAUCUCGACCCAUUCGACGAGUAUCCGGACGAAAAGUUGUGGCGUGCCCUGAAGGAGGUUAAGCUGGAAGAUGCCAUCCACGAGCUGCCCUCCGGACUGUCGUCCAAGAUCAACGAAGGUGGCAGCAACUUCAGUGUGGGCCAAAGACAGCUGGUUUGCCUGGCCCGAGCCAUUUUGCGAGAAAACAAGAUUCUGGUGAUGGACGAAGCAACGGCCAAUGUGGACCCCCAGACGGACAAACUCAUUCAAGCUACCAUCAGGGAGAAGUUCAAUGAGUGCACGGUACUUACGAUAGCGCAUAGGUUGAACACGGUCAUGGAUUCAGACAAGGUUCUGGUGAUGGAUGCUGGACGAUGCAUCGAGUUCGGAACACCCUACGAACUGCUGACGAAUGAAUCUGGACCAAGAGUAUUCCACGGAAUGGUGAAACAAACUGGAAAGACCACUUACGAAAGCUUAUUAAAGAUUGCUAAAGAGGCUCAUGAGCGGAAACAACAAACAGGGAACACACUUAGUAGCUAAGUUAGAUCAACGUCAAUCAUCAAUUACUUACGGUAGUGCUUAAUUUUUAAUAUUACUUUAGUUAAGUUUUCUGUUUCCCAAUAGUUUUUUAAGUUUUUAGUGCAGUGCUUCCCAAAGUGAGUCAUUAAGCUACAUCUGGUCUACCAAAUCAGAUACGAUUGUUGAAUAAAAAUUCAGCAGAGGAUCAAUUUUUCUUAAUUUGGCAUUUUCAAUAUUUAUAUUUUUGUUCCUAAGAAAAAAUUAGGAAUAAAAAUGUGCUAAUUCUUUGUUCAAUUAUCUUCUUCACAGAAGUCAAAAAACAAAAAAUUAACUUUUGACAAUUUUUUUUUUCAAAUUUAACAACUUGACAUUAAGAAUUGAUUACUUUGAUGUUUUUCCGAAACAAUAGAAAAGCUUUCAUAUACCUAAUUAGAACCAAAAAUCAGAUUGGAUAAGCCACCUAACUUUUGCUUGAGUUUAAAAAAAAAUCAAUCACGCAAGGAUGAAGCUAAAAUACAGGUGAAUGAAAUUAACAGAUACGUAAAAACUAACUGUAAGUACCCGUGUUGGUUGACCAUUUGGUGAUCAACUUUCCACUUCAACUAGAACAAAAACAACUUUAUUUCUGAUUCAGUAUUCAUCACAUUUUGAUCAUUAAAUGAAUCGCCUAAAUUUUUUCCAGUUACAGCAGAAUAUUCCCUUUUUUUGGUUUUUUUUCUUCAUUUAUUAGAAAUUAGUAUCGUUAAAAAAUAAAUCCUCAGAAAAAGUUGCUGAUGAAGGGAAGAGUUGAGGGAAGCUGCUUUAGCGUUUCUUAUGAUAGACUUUUUUCGGUUUUAAAACGUGCCUCGUAACAAAUAAUAAUUGUGCCUCGUGUGCUUAAUAAACAAAGGUAUCUAAAACUUUACAUCAACGAGCUGAUAUACACACACAGUAGCGUCUAAGUAGAUUUAACAAGUCGUUUUUGAGCAAUGUACAUACAUAAUUGAUUCACUCACUUAUGUUUGAUGUGAUAUCUUAUCUGAAAUUUGUAAUUUUUCCAACUAAGAUAUACAAUUGUAGCUGAAAGUACUUUAACUACACAGUUAGAUCGUUUAAUGAGUAGAACAACAAACCACCAAUGAAUCCACUGAAAAGAACAAUGAGAAAAUCUUCAUUCGAGUAUUAUGUUUUUACCUAUCAGUAAGCGUUUGAUUUUGAAUUCUGUUCGCAAAUAAAAUUAUUUGUUUUCUCUUGAA